AUGGCUCAACAGAUGCACCUUCCGGCAUCUUUUGAGCUCGCAUUCAGAAGGUUGAAGGAUCAGAUCGAUGAAGAUGAUGCACGCACCUUUCACUCAACGACGAUGAAAGAUGUCUGGGAUGCGGCCAAGCACAUUGAGCGUCAGCUCGAACAACGAAGGUCUUUGAGAGGAUUCAACCGGAUUCGGCCCUUCCUUACUGGGAUUGAGCAGUACUCAAAUGUAGUAGCAGUUCUUUGCAACCAGACACCAUAUCUUCCCUUUCUGUGGGCGCCGAUAAAAUUGUUUCUGCAGGUAGCACUUGGGUAUAUAUCAGCGCUCGAAAGUCUGAUUGACGCUUAUGCCAUGAUUGGAGAUGCUAUGCCUCGCUUUGAUAGAUUGUCUGCAGCGUUGAGAGAUGAGCCCGCAUUCCAGCACGUGAUUGGGCUUUUCUACGCCGACAUUCUGGAAUUCCAUCGACGAGCAUACAAGUUCUUCCGUAGACGUGCUUGGACCAUGGUCUUCGGUUCGCUUUGGAAGACGUUCAAUUUCAGAUUUUUGGGAAUCCUUGAAAAUCUUCGAAAACAUCGAAAUCUCAUUGAUUCCGAAGCCAAUGCGAUCAACAUUGCUGAAAGCAGAGCUUUCAGGACUUCGCAACUUGAUAUAAUAUCAUCUUGGCGCGCUCAGCGCGCAGAUGAGAUUGACAAAGAGGAGAGGAAUCGAUUAAAUACGCACAUACGAGAAACGAUGGCUUGGCUUGGGGCCACAGAGAUACCUGAAGACGUGUUAACAAGAAUUGGUAAAGGCAAAAGCGUAUUAUGUGCCAAAGUCAUUGAGAACAUUCAGGCUAAGGCAGGUAUGACGGUCGCUUUCUACUUCUGCCACCACAACCCACCUCCCAAUGCAAUUACGGAAGUCUUGGGAAGCAUCAGUACUCAACUAUUGGCCGCAAACACCAACCUGGCACCCUUUGUGUUGGAGACAUUUGCAAGCAAUGGCUUAAAGCCAUCAAGGAAAGCACUGAAAGAGAUUAUUAGCACAUUGUUAGAUUCUCUUGAGUCAGUUCGUCUUAUUGUUGAUGGCGUUGAUGAAUGGCCUCAAGACGAGGCAGCGGAAGUCAUUGACGAAUUAUUGAGUUUGAAAACUACCACUCGAUUCAAAAUACUCAUCGCAAGUAGGAGACUCUCUAUGAUAUCAGCCAAGCUGGGCGUCAAAGAGGCGAUGCGCUUAGAAGACCACGCCGAUGAUGUGAACGCGUCGAUCUCGGCGUUCGUUGGCUCGAGCCUGGGUCAACUACGUGAGAGAUUUAAUGGUAGUCUUGUUGAUGAGCUACAGCGGCAAAUCCUGGACAAAGCCAAUCUCAUGUUUCUUUGGGUGAAAUUGAUCUUGUUUACCGUUGAAAGCCUGCACUUCGAUCAGGAUCUACAGGAUAUAGUGGAGCAUUUCCCUGAAGGAUUAGAGGCAAUGUAA